GUCUUAUCAAUGUCUGGAUUAUUCUGCUGGAAGAAUUAACAACUGCCAUAUCCAACUGUCCCCGUCAGCACCAGCCUCCUACUUUGGAUCUGCUCUUUGAAUUGCUGAGGGAUGUUGCUAAAACACCUGGACCAGGAUUUGGCAUUUAUGCAGUUGUACAUCUUCUUCUUCCCACGAUGUCUCUUUGGCUCCAUCGCAGCCAUGGUGACCAUUCUUAUUGGGAUGUGGCAUCUGCUAAUUUCAAGCAUGCCAUUGGCCUUUCCUGUGAACUCGUAGUGGAGCACAUUCAAAAUUUCAUACACUCAGAUAUUGGUUAUGAAAAUAUGAUCAAUACUAUGCUGAAAGAUCUUUUCAAGUUGCUGGUAGCCUGUGUAGCAGAACCAACAGAAAUUAUUUCCAGAGUUGGUUGCUCAUGUAUCAGGUAUGUGCUAGUGACAGCAGGGCCUGUUUUUACUGAAGAGAUGUGGAGGCUUGCAUGCUGUGCCUUGCAGGAUGCAUUCUCUGCCACGCUGGAGCCAGUAAAGAACCUGUUGGGCUAUUUCCACAGUGGUUCUGAAAGCUUUAGUGGAGACGCCUGUGAAGUGAAGGUGGCCGCCCCCUCGCUCUCGCCGAGUGCUGAAGCUGAAUACUGGAGAAUCAGAGCAAUGGCACAACAGGUCUUCAUGCUGGAGACGCAGUGCUCCCCAAAGACCCCUAGCAACAAGGAAGGGUUUGAACAUGCCCAGUCGUGCGUGCUCAUCAUCGACCUGCCACCAGAUAAGAAACCAAACGGACAUACCCAGAGAAGGAAGCUGGGUAUUCCCUUCAGGACAAUAGUGGUGAGCUUGCUGUCCCACCAAGUACUGCUCCAGAAUUUAUAUGACAUCUUACUGGAAGAAUUUGUGAAAGGCCCUUCUAACUCAGAGGAGAAAAUGACAAUACAAGUGCCAGAACACAAGUUGGCUGGUUUUCUCAGGUACAUCUCCAUGCAAAACCUGGCUGUCAUCUUUGACUUACUGCUGGAUUCCUAUAGAACAGCCAGAGAGUUUGACACCAGACCUGGGUUGAAGUGUUUGCUGAAGAAAGUGUCUGGCAUUAGUGGAGCUGCCAACUUGUAUCGCCAGUCAGCGAUGAGCUUCAACAUCUACUUCCAUGCUUUGAUUUGUGCAAUUCUGACAAACCAGGAGAACAUCACUGCAGAGCAAGUGAAAAAGAUACUCUUUGAAGAUGAUGAAAGAAGCACAGACUCAUCACAGCAGUGUUCUUCAGAAGAUGAAGACAUUUUUGAAGAAACUGCCCAGGUCAGCCCUCCCCGAGGGAAGGAGAAGAGACAGUGGAGGGCUCGAAUACCAUCCCUGAGCGUACAGCCCAUCAGCAACGCGGACUGGGGAUGGCUCAUCAAGCGGCUUCAUAAGCUCUGUAUGGAGCUGUGCAACAACUAUAUCCAGAUGCAUCUAGACCUGGAGAAUAACGUAGAGGAACCUCCAGUGUUCAAAGGUGACCCUUUCUUCGUUUUGCCUUCCUUUUACUCAGAAACCUCCACCCCAUCGACUGGAGGGCAGUCUGGGAAGGACACACCAUCAGAAGAUGACCGGAGUCAAAUCAGGGACCAACUGGGAGACAGCCUGACACCUCGGGGAGGGAGUGGAGAAAUGUUGCCGAUACCCCCACCCCUAAGCCCUAAACCAGAGAAAAAAGAGCAAACCAGGAAAAAAGAAUGGUGGGAGAGUGCUGGCAACAAGAUCUACACCAUAGCCGCUGACAGAACUAUCUCCAAGCUCAUGACAGAGUACAAGAAAAGAAAGCAGCAACAGGCCAUGACAUCCUUCACCAAAGAGGUCAAAGUGGAAAAGAAAGGGGAUCUCCUGGGUUCAAGAGGGCCAGACUCACCCAUACUCCAGCGGCCACAACAUCUUAUAGAUCAAGGUCAAAUGAGGCAUUCGUACAGUGCUGGUCCAGAGAUCCUGAGACAAGAGAAGAGACCACGCUCAGGAUCCACAGUCAGCUCCCUGAAUAUAUCUGUUAGGGAUGCUGAGGCCCAGAUACAGGCAUGGACCAACAUGAUACUGACAGUUCUCAACCAGAUUCAGACCCUGCCAGACCAAACUUUCACAGCCCUGCAGCCUGCAGUGUUCCCCUGCAUCAGCCAGCUGACCUGCCACGUGACAGACAUCCGUGUCCGCCAGGCAGUGCGGGAGUGGCUGGGAAGAGUGGGGCGAGUUUACGAUAUCAUCGUUUAA